AUGGCGCUGAAAUCUGCGAUCCGCAAUUUGCGGAACAAUCCUCAACUCCUCUUCGUCCGCUUGCCUCCCCUGUUAUCGCUUAUUUGCAUCCUCGUCGGCGUAGCCUGGCUUCUUCUCCUUCCCUUGAACGAAUACUCCCGCCAUACCUACAUCUCCGAGAAUGCACUCUUGCCGGGCCAAGUCCAUGCAUACUUCACCGGAAGUGAACAAAACAUCUUCCGGGGUUACAAGCAAGAGCUGAAAGUAUUACUCAAUGAGGGUGGACAGAGCGAGAACGGGCAAGAUGAGGCGGAGUUUACUUCAGCGAUAUCUGCCAAAAUCCAGUCGAUCCUCCAGGUUGCGGGUUUGAAGGUUGCGACUCAGAAGUACGAGUACACCUCCGCGGGUAUUACCCACCAGGGCGAGAACACCUACGGCAUUAUCCAUGCGCCUCGGGGCGAUGCGACGGAAGCGAUCGUAUUAGUUGCUGCAUGGAAAACGGCUGAUGAUGAGUUGAACUUGAAUGGUGUUACCUUGGCUUUGACCUUGGCCAGAUACUUUAAGCGGUGGUCACUAUGGUCCAAGGAUAUUAUCUUCCUUUUUACCCCCGACAGCAAAUCUGGGACGCAGGCAUGGAUUGACGCCUACCAUGAUCUUCACCCGGCAUCGGUUCACCCGCUCCCGUUGAAGAGCGGCGCGUUACAAGGAGCACUUGUCAUUGAGUAUCCAUUCGAGCACCGUUUCAGAAACCUACACAUCGUUUAUGAUGGCGUCAACGGCCAGUUGCCAAAUCUAGACCUAUUUAACACGGCAGUGGCCAUUGCAGGAGGCCAAAUGGGAAUUGGUGCCAAUCUGCAAGAGAUGUGGGAACAUAAUGAUAGCUAUGAGGCGCGCUUGCAGACUAUGCUGCGCGGCAUGACCAAGCAGGGUCUUGGGUAUGCCACUGGAGCUCACAGCAGCUUUAUGCCAUACCACAUUGAUGCCAUCACUUUGCAACCCAAGGGCGAAGGUUGGGAGGAUGAAAUGGCAUUGGGGCGGACUAUCGAGAGUCUCUGUCGCAGCUUGAACAAUCUCCUGGAACAUCUGCAUCAGAGCUUUUUCUUCUACCUAUUGAUGCAAUCCAAUCGUUUUGUCAGCAUUGGAACUUAUCUUCCCAGUGCUAUGCUUAUUGCUGGUAACUUCACCAUCAUGGCGAUUGCCCUGUGGAUGCGAACAGGCUAUCACCCGGAUAAUAAGGCCGAGAAAUCCACCAACCCCAAGCCUACUGAGAAGACUUCCGAUGCUCCUAGCUCCAAGGACCCGUCAGCACCGGAGAUCAGUGGGCAACCGAUUGCGGAGCGUCUGCUUGCCCUACCUCUCACCCUGGUUACUGGUCUGCACUUGCUUGGUCUCGUCCCGCUUUGGAUGUUUAACACUCUUCCCCAUCAGCUUUUCACAACCGUUACCUAUGUCGUCGUUGCAGUGGACAUUGUUUUUCCUCUCUUUCUAGCCGCCCUCCUCCGUAACGGCUUGGGUCUAUUCACACCCCUCGUCCCACAGCAGUAUCUUUUGAUCAAGUCAUUUGCCCUGUUACUCUUGGGAUUGUCCCUUUCCACGCUGGCAACCCUCAAUUUCUCCCUUUCUUUCAUGAUCGGUCUUCUCUGCGCACCACUCAGCUUCAUUAACCGCCUGGAAUGCGUGGGAGCCAAACGAUACGCCUUUUCAAGCUUGGGAUUGGUGUUGCUUAACCUCCUCUCCCCACCUACCGUUCUCAUCGGCGUUUGUUGGUACACUGGUGUAUCUGUCGAGACAGUCUUGACACAAGCUGCGUUUGGUUGGGAUGUCUGGGGUAUGUGGACCCAAGUCGUGGUGUGGUGUGUCUGGUGGCCAGCUUGGUUGAUAGGCUGUAUCUUGCUGGGAUCGUCUUUGUUCUAA